CACAUUGACAGUAAUAAAAAUAAAUAACAAGCGCGUGCCUGUAAAAAAUUGUAUUUAUUUUUAUAAACGAAUACUGUUUUUGCAUACAACACGUAGAUGAACGCUGUAAUUGCGCUAUGCCAUUUUUGCGAAGUGGAUGGUCCUUGUGCUAUCUUUUGCACGCAAACAUUGCGUGACACCAAAAUCGAAGACCUUCUGAAUGUAGAGCAGCCACAGCAACAGCAGCAGCAGGGACAAAAGGCUUGUUCCGCUUGCAAUUAUACGCUGGGCCGCAACAAUGCCAUCUACAGCAAGGAUACAGAAAGUGGCGCAACAUUCGUGAGCACCAAAGUGGCCGUCCUGCCCGAGGUGGCCAACCUGGUCAAGCAAGCCGCCGUGCGCAGUCUCUGCUGCGAGAUAAACCCCAACAGGGAUGGCGAUGGCGGUUUCGUAUUUUUUGGCGACUCUUCUCGAGGUCAUAUCCUCAGUCAUACAUUUCGAGUCAGCGAUUUGCAGUCUCGUGGCUACUAUCAGCUUUUCUCGAUUAUAGUGCUAAUGAAGGACAAGUAUUUUCUGCUAAACACCAAGCCCUUUCUAGCGGAGCAUUUGAAAAAGGUGUCCACGGAAUUGCAGGCCGCAGCACAGCGCACCAAGGCAGCAGAGGAGCUGACCUACUCGGAAAGACAGCGUCGUUUGUCGGGCGCACAGUUUCUAAUGCCGACACCACGCUCUCUGAUUGAGUUGACGGGCGAGGAGCAUUUGUUUGCCCAACUGCACUCACACUUUGCGUGGAUACUGUUGGCUGGAUCCCGAUUCCUCACCGAGCACGUCACCUUCGGCAAUCUGCCUUGGUUGCCACCGCAAAGUAGUGGCCGACCGCCUGCUCAACGACUUACCUACAACAGUUCCACUCUGCCAAUGAUACAAAUGUAUGAGGAGAGCAUCGACAAUCCUGAACAGGACGAAUUCUUUUCGCUGCGACAUAUCAAGAUGGUAGUAGGCAAGGAGGAUUUUCCAAUUGUUUGUUACUGUGCUCUCACGGGUGUUAAGAUUAUUGUUCGUGGUGCACCGGAUCGCACUUUUCAAUUCAUGGUGUGCCUGAAAAAACUGCUACCGGAACGAAUGCACAAUCUUAUGCGCAUUGAUGCACAGCAUCAGCACUCGAUUAGCUCAGAGUAUAAGAUUAUAUCGGUGUCUAAUGAGAUCGCUGUGCCGAUAGCAAGCACUUGCGUGCUCCGCAUUGAUUUCCUGGACAAGCAUAUAAAUGGCAACGAUAUCGUCUCCGUCAAGUGGCCCGGCGAGCUACCGCGCAAGUAUCCAGAUCUCAUGGUCAAGCUACUAAAGGCCGUCCAUGCCGUCGAAGAGAAGACUUUCACCGAGCUGGUGCUCAACAAGCAGACGAAAGUGCUAAUCGAGGAGUGGAAGAACAAGGUCAUUUGCUUGAAUCAUGCCAAGUCCGGGAGCGUGCAGGCCAAGCUGAAGAAAGUGCUCGGUGUGCAGCCGCAGGACCAGCCGAUUAUUAAUUAUUGGAGCACACACUUGCACUAGACUGUGACUAGCUUUAGAUUUGUAAUUUAUAAAUUGUUUUUUCACUUUUUGGAAUAAAAGUUCUUUAUUGCCACAUA